AAAAAGCAAAGCGAGAGAGAUGUUGAAGUUUCCUUAUUGUAAUGUGACGGACCUAAAUCAGGCCUUGGCUCAAUGUAGGUUUGUGGGUUUACUUGGCCCACUUGCUUCUCGUCGGCAGAGCCCACGCGCAGUAGUCUCCUGCUCUCCCUCCUCCUCGGAAUUCAGCCUGACGCCGGUUCAAGCCGUUAUGUCGUGCCAGCAACAGGUCGGGUCGAGUUUGGUUAACCGGCUCCGGUUGGGUGGAUUGACGGAAGAUGGGCUCUCUUAUAAAGAAAAGUUUAUUAUUAGAGGUUUUGAGGUUGGGAUUAACAAAAUUGCCACUAUUGAAACCAUUGCUAAUUUAUUGCAGGAGGUUGGAAGUAACCAUGCUCAAAGUGUUGGAUUUUCAACAGAUGGGUUCGGUACCACUCCUACCAUGAGAAAAUUGCAUCUCAUAUGGGUGACUGCUCGCAUGCACAUUGAAGUAUACAAGUACCCUGCUUGGAGGGAUGUGAUCGAAAUUGAAACAUGGUCUCAAAAUGAGGGAAGAAUCGGAACCCGAAGGGAUUGGAUCCUAAACGAAGUCGCUACUGGUGAAGUUAUCGGCAGAGCUACGAGCAAAUGGGUGAUGAUGAACCAGGACACGAGACGGAUGCAAAAAGUUAGUGAUGAUGUCAAGGAAGAAUAUCUUGUCUUCUGUCCACGAGAACCUCGGUACGCGUUUUCCUUUGACUUGGAAAUUGUAUCGUAUCAUUUGUGUGACGCUCAUGUUUACAGAUUAGCGUUUUCGGAGAAGAACAAUAAGAGUUUGAAAAGGAUUGCUAAAUUAGAAGAUCCUGUUCGGUAUUCCAAGCUAGGACUUAAGCCGAGACGAGCUGAUCUUGACAUGAACCAGCAUGUCAAUAAUGUAACCUAUAUCGGAUGGGUUCUCGAGAGCAUACCGAAAGAGAUUAUCGACACGCAUGAACUGCAAGCUAUCACAUUGUUUUACCGACGGGAAUGCCAACAGUACGAUGUGGUUGAUUCACUUACCGGUCUGGAACUAACAGAGGGUUCCAAAACGGUAUCAGUGGGAACAAAUGGGUCUGCAACUGCGACUGCAACUACAAGAGCAGAUGAUCACGAUUGUCAUCGGUUUUUGCAUCUCUUGAGAUUGUCCAGUGAUGGGCGGGAAAUAAGCCGAGGUCGUACCGAAUGGAGAAAGAAACCCACUAGAUGAGGUUGCCGAGCCUUUGAGUUGCUGAAAUGGAGAAUACUUUUUAUCCUAAUCUACAUGUAAUAAAUAAAAACUCAGGCUAGCAGAUCGAUUGAACCGAAAAACAGUUAAAAUCAGUUCCAACUAAUAAAAAACUGAAUUAAACUAGCAAAACACAAGUUACAUACACAUUUCUUCAAAAUAUUUGUUAAUUAUUUAACUACAUUCAAUGCUUAUUUUACAUUAAAUUGAACAUGGAGAACCACCAGACACUAAACUUAGAUUUUAAGACCUAAACACUAGUUGCACUCUAUGUUUACCCAAGUGCCGGAUAAUAACAUAACGAACGAAAAAAGGAAGUUUGAUACCGAUAAUAUAACCGAGAAAGAAAAAGGUUCACCAAAUAGAAUACAGUGUUUAUCAUCAAAGAGAAAAGGCACACAAGUAGAUAUAAUAAACCUCGCUUUGACAGAGAUUACU